AUGUCUAAGCCAGACGCCAAUACUCCCCGGCCCUUGGGCACUAGCACCGAAGCCUCCGAGCUCUCGCAGCAACAAGCGACCUACCUCCCCCCUUCCGACAAUGCCCUCAAGUACGCCAAGGGUAUCCAGCGACACGUCCCCGCAAAGCCGCACGCCAGUCUCACAGAGACCAAGUCCAACCCGCACCUCAUCAAGUCGGUCGAGAGCUUCUAUGUCCGCCCGCGCUGGCUGUUUGUCCGGAUCGAGACGGAGGGUGGGGUGGUCGGAUGGGGAGAAGGCACGCUGGAGGGGCACACUGAGGCUGUCCAGGGCAGUCUGAGGGAUAUCGGCAGGAGGCUGAAAGGGUGGGAUGCGAUGAACAUUGAGGACAUCUACACGUACCUCUAUAGGCAUCGCUUCUACCGUGGUGGAGAGGUCUUAAUGUCCGCCAUGAGCGGUGUGGAUAUUGCGCUAUGGGAUAUCAAGGGCAAGGUGCUCGGUGUGCCGGUGUGGGAGCUGCUCGGCGGGAAGGUCAGGGAGGCGUGCCCAGUCUACGGCUGGGUUGGGGGUGAUCGGCCCUCGGAUGUACUUGAGCAAGCCAAGGCCAGGAAGGCGCAAGGCUUCACUCGGGUCAAGAUGAAUGCCACCGAGAGUAUCGCAUGGCUCGACUCCCCUCACGCGCUGGAUGAGACGGUCAAGCGUCUCGCUGAGGUCAAGUCGAUCGGGAUGGAUGUCGGACUUGACUUCCACGGCCGAGUCCACAAGGCCAUGGCCAAGCAGCUCGCUCAGCUCCUCGAACCCCACCGCCCACUCUUCAUCGAGGAACCCCUCCUUCCCGGGCACCCCAAUGAGCUCAAGGACCUCUACAACAAGACCACCAUCCCUAUCGCCCUCGGCGAGCGUCUCUUUACUCGCGAAGACUGCCGACCCUACUUUGAGCUCGGGUGUAUCGACAUCAUCCAGCCCGACAUCGCUCACGCUGGAGGAAUCACCGAGACGCGCAAGAUCGCCAUCAUGGCCGAAGCGUACGAUAUCGGCGUUGCGCCGCACUGUCCCCUCGGCCCUCUUGCAUUCGCCGCGAGUCUGCACAUUGGAUUCUCGACGCCCAACUUUGUCGUCUGCGAGAUGUCAUGGAAGAUGCACUACAACGUCGGCGCGGACUUAUUCACAUACAUGAAGAACCCCGAGGUGUUCAAGGUCGUCGAUGGCAACAUCAUGCUCAUGACCGGUGUCGGGCUCGGCGUGGAGCUGGAUGAAGAGCUGAUCAGGAAGGAGGCGGCAGAGGCGGCCAAGAUUGAUCCGUGGAUCAACCCCUUGUUCCGUGGUGAUGAUGGGUCGGUGCGCGAGUGGUAG